AUGAGAGGCGUCCUCAACCGUCCCUCCACCAUCUCCGACGCCGCCAUCGCCCGUCUGCCUCUAGCAGAGACCAACGCCUACCUCGACCUCUGGCCCUCUCUCCACAAAACCAGCAGCGCCAUGCAGCAGCACCCCAGCGGGAAAACGACCGGAUUAGACGCGAUCCCUGUUGAGAUCUACAAGCGCGUUAGCCUUCAACACAUGGAUCAUCUGGUGUCGCUCUACAGAGAAAUGUGGCGUCAAGCAGAAGUUCCCUAG